AUGCUGGCCAAGUCGGGAACCGAGAGCACUCUGCUCAACUGGGUGAACACAUUUCCUCUUGACUCGAAAGUAGAGUCCCUCUCAGAGCUUAGUGAUGGAUUCGUCUUUUCAAAAAUGCUGGAGGACCUCGAUCCCAGAUACGCCGUUGAUGCCGAAAACCACACGAGUCCGUCCAAAUGGCUGGCCAAGAAAAAGAGCCUGGAAGCUGUCUACAAAUCUCUCAUCCGGUUUAUCCAAAACCACUGCACCGAAUAUAUCGAAACCGCUCUUAGAGACCCGGUAGAUUUCAAUGCUAUUGCAGAACACGAUGACGAGAAACAGACGGUGCAGCUCCUCAAGAUUUUCCUCAUGGCAGCAACGAGAAACACCGACCCCCAAGAAUAUGUCAGUCGAAUUAUGCGUCUUGAUGAGAAAGAUCAAGGACGGAUUGCGGCCAUAUGUGCAGAGCAAGAAUUGCCUACAGAUAUGCAACGAGAGUCAAACUUUGAGGAUGCAUCCAUGCCCCCAAAACUAACAAAAGACCUUGACCUAGCAGCCGAAGCCGCUUAUGCUAAACUUUCCGCGGAUCACGAAGCCCUGACGAAGCGAUAUGCAGACUUCCUCACCAGGUUUGAACGUUUAGAGGAUAGUCACGAGCAAUUACUUUCCCAUAGCAAAGAAGCAGACCGCGAGCUGGAGGCUCUUCGGAGCUCCAAUAAUGAUGACAGGGCAAAUUUCAUCACCCGCUUGCAGGCCCAAGUCCAGGAACAGAACGACCUUAUUGCUACCCAGGAGCAGCAAAUGGAGACCGACCGUGUUAUCAAGGAGAGAGAUCAGAAGGAGCUUGCUUCUCUUCGUCCAGCAGCAGCAAGAUUAGUAGAAGCCGAAGACAAACUAAAAGAACUGAAGAACGACAUCACGACUCUUACUAAGAAAGCCAAUAUGGUGGAUCAUUUCAAACAAAAGCUCGAACUGCAAAAGAGUAUAGAGCGAGAGAAUGAUAAUUUGCGCCGCCGUAUUGACGUCCUCGAAGAGAACCAGAAAGAAUUCGAUAGGGUCCACGAAGAGAAUGCAAAACACGUCGUGACGGCUACAGAAUACGAGAAGAGAUUCGCAUCAUAUGAGAAUGAUGUCCUUCAGUUAAGUAAUCAGAGGAGAAAUCUUGAAGAAGAGCUACGGAACCAAUACGACGAAGUUGCCCGUCUUCAAUCGAGGCAGCAACACGACGAAAGAUUCAUUGAGACAUUACAGGAACAGAUUAGAACCAAUACGGCAGGCCCUCCUCCAUCUCCGAGUUCGCCUCGUGCUGCUAGGUCUGGUCCCUUAAGUUUGGAGGAAGAGCUCGAGCAGAGCGACAAUGCAGGACCGAAUUACGCUCUCGAAAAUUCAAGGCUCAAAGCAGAGAUUCAAGUGUUGAAGAGUUCCAAUGCUGGAGCAACCAAAGCAACACUUCGAAUCGAGCUUGAAGAUGUGGAGAGAAUCCGGAAGAGACUCGAAGAGAACCUCCGAGACCUUACCGAGAAGCACACUAUUGGACAGAUGCAGCUCAAUGCGAUGAUUGGCAAUUCUUCAGGCGAAAAGUUAGUCCAAGCAAUCGAUUGUGUAAUGAACUUUGGUUCUCUUCAGAUUCUUACAGAUGAUUUCUACAGGAACGAGGCCGUUAUGUCUACACGAAAACUAUACCUCGAAGCCAAUCAAGAGCUCACGUCUAUCAAGAGCAGGCUCGCCGAAAUCCAGGCUGAACUAUCAAGUCGAGACCGAGAAUUGCUUGCUGCAAAAGCAGACUUGGCCGCGAUCGAUCAAGAAGAAAUGGUUGCUCUGGAAGAUCUCAAACGAACAAACGAGAUAAUCACUACAUCUUUCAAGAAUGACUUGGAAAUACUCCAGAGCAAGCAUAAAGCUUUAACAACUGAUCAUGAGCAGCAGAAAACGCAGCUCAUCGAUGCAUUGUUGUCCAAGGACAAAUCAAUGAAAGAUUUAGCCUCCUUCAAAGAGCGAACCGGAACCAAUGGGGACGAUGCUUAUCAAAAAGCUCAGUCUGAGGCCAUCAUCGAGGAGGAGAAUGCCCGGAAGGCUCUGCAAGAGGUGAGCAAAGUCAUUCCACCACCAGAAUCUCCAAGUCCAGCCAAAAAAGGACGGGGUUUUUUGAAAACACUUUCACGUCUUUCCUUCCUUCCAUACACUCCUAGAGCUCAACCUACCAGGCCUGAGCCUGCAUCUGAGCCUGCACCUGAGCCCGAACUUGAAUCAGAUCAAGCAACACUUGGUAGUCCAGAAAAUCUCGAGCGAGAGAAUGGUGCCGUCGGUAUCACCCGAACGAUUCCGCGUCCUCAACGUCUUUCUUUCCACCCUUAUACUUCUAGCGCUCAAGCUACCGGGCGUGGGCCUACGCCCGAGCCAGAUCAAGCAUCACUCGAGAAUCUAGAGCUUACUCUCCAGCGAGAGCGAUCUAUUUUCGGUGGUGUCCCAGCGAUCCCGCGUCCUCUCAUUUCACCAAGAACAAUCCCUCUUCCUGCUUCACCAAUUCGACCUCGUUUUGAGCGUACAGAUCUCAAACGUUGUACAAAACCACGAGGCCUCGACGAUAACUGACAUCCUUUACAGCAGGCCAAGACCCAGGAUGCAAUCAUUCAAGACCUUCAACGAAGACUCAAAAGCGCCGAAGAAGGCAGUCCGGACGCUCAGAAGGUACCCCGUCCAUCAUUUCCUUCAAUCAGUCGUAAUUCUUUUGUUGUUCGAAAUUAUGCGAGGGCCUCUAAUUUCUUAAUCAUACACAUUUCCCAUUCCUGUCCCCCCAUACCUAGCGGUCUUUGGAGCCCUGUGA